AUGAGGACCAUUUCACGCCUCCUGCCAAGACAGCAGCAUCUCCCACAAACAUCAAAAUUCAAAACACCGCCUCGACCUCGACCUCCCAGAACAUCAUCAAUCUCUCAACAUUCAACAUCAACGCCCAUGAGCGAGAGCCUCUGUGCCUCCUGCCUCCCAUCAAUCACUUCUCAGCCCUUCCUGCUAGUCCUGGCAUUCCUCUCCAUCUUUUCCAGGACCCACUGUCAGAGAAGGCAUUCGGCCAUGGAUUUGAACAUUGAGCAGUUCUUUCAGUGCGUCAAACUACCCGGGCGACCUCAAGCUCAUCAAACAUUCCCCUCAGCCCGUCGUCCCGCCACCAUCAGUCCUUUUCAAUAUCGAAGCCAUACAUCCCACCCGAUAAACGACGCGAUGAGCGCUACCGAGAGGGGGUUCUCCAGCCCUACCUCCGGCUCUGCAGUCAUUCGAUCAGGACGCCGGUGCACUAGGUUGCCUCCCUAUCUUCCUUCUGCUGCCCUACAGCAGGCACAUCCAUUACUCCCAAACUCGACAUCUCCAACAUCCCUAGCACCACCCGCCUCAACUAGCCUUCACGUCUCUGCGGGCACAAUGUAG